ACCGUUCUUUGGCCUCACUCUUCUUAAAUAUCAUCACAACCAGAGUUAAUUCUAUCGCUUAUUUCUUCAUUCAUUUGAUUCUAUUCAUUUUUUCUUAAGUUGUGUUGUUUAAAAGUUGAUUUUAUCAUGGCUUUCCUUAAGUUUUUAAAGUUCAAAUUGAGGCAAAAACGCGUUCAUGAUGCAGUUUCUGAUGAAAAUACUCAUGACAAUAUUUUGGACGAUUUUGUUGCGAGGAGGUUUAGCUGGGACGAAAUUCAAGUGAUUACAAUGAAUUGUUCCAGCUCUCGGAUGAUCGGAUAUGGAGGAUUUAGUUCUGUUUAUCUCGCGAAGUUUCUUGAUUCAUCUCUCGGAGCAGUCAAGAUUCAAUGUAGUAGUGAGCGGCUGGAUCAAGUUUACAAGCAAGAAUUAAACAUUUUGCUCACUGUCUCUCAUCCGAAUAUUGUCAGGCUCAGGGGCUAUUGUGAUGAGCGCGACCAAGGCGUGUUGGUGUUUGAUUACAUGUGUAAUGGGACGUUGGAUGAGAAACUCAGAGGCCGAGGGCAUGAUUCCUCUUAUCUUUCUUGGAAAACACGAAUGGUUAUAGCGUUCCAGCUAGCGUUAGCUAUCAAUUAUUUGCACGACGAGUGUAGCUUACAGAUAGUCCAUGGUGAUAUUAAGGCCUCGAAUGUAUUGCUUGAUGAGAAUUUUAAUUGUAAACUCUGUGAUUUUGGUUCUGCAAAGAUGGGGUUUACGUCGUUGGUAAAACCACCCUCAUCAUCGUCAAUGAGUCGUAAUCGGAUGAUCGUUGGUUCUCAGGGCUACUUGGAUCCUCAUUACCUAAAAACAGGACUUGCUUCCAAAAAGCAGGAUAUUUACAGUUUCGGGGUGAUUCUUCUGGAGCUUAUUUCAGGAAAGGAGGCGUUUUGCGCCAAGAAGAGACAAAAUCUAACAACGAUAGCUGAUCCAAUGAUGAGAGAUCCCUUAAAGGUUAGGGACAUGGUGGAUCCGCGGUUUGACAGCGAUCACACCUUUCAAUUGGAAGAGGCCAAGAUUAUGGCAUCUGUUUCCGGCAAGUGCCUUGGACAGUCUCCAAGUACCAGGCUUUCUGCAAAUGAAAUCAUAAAAAUAAUGAAAGAUCAAGUCCCAUCUAUAUCAUAUUUGUUUCAGAAAUCCGCUACCAUUGCUAAAAGAUAGAUUAUGAUCAGUUUUCUGGUUUACGAAUGUAGAGUUAAACAUGCAACUCACUGAUGACAGUGUAGUUGAUUUGUACAAGUUUGUCAAAUUCAGAACAAGAAUAGUUCAUUAUUUAA